AUGUCUUCGCCCUCUCCCGAGACACAGAGCUACACGAACGAUGAGACCCCCGAGCUCUCUCGCGCGGCCAGCUAUACCGAUCUCCAUAGCCAAAUCACCUCAGAACCCAGUUUAAGGCGCACCUUCUCCGAUUAUGCUGUUCCAACCUUGGCAGAGUCACUUACAAAGGAAAGCGUCGCUGCGGGGAAGGACAUUCUCCGUCGGACCUCUCUACGCUCCAAGGACAAGGGCAAGGACAAGGUCACUGUCUCACGUUUCACAUUGUCGUCAUCGGAGGACUUAAAAGACACAGAAGCAAUUGUCCCCGAAACCAGGGCCCCAGAGCCAGCUGCGCGCCCAUCAAAGAGUCGCUCCAUGUCCGGAAGAAUAGUGAGCCUGGCUAGAAAACCAUGGAGCUCCUCUUCUCGAUCCCCCUCUCCCUCCGCGAAAAGAUCUAAACAGCAAGAUUCCCAAUCUCCGACUCGAUUCGGCCGAAAAACGGACGAUGAGCAGUCUCAACCUUCUCGCAAGCGAACAAUUCUCUACAAACGCCCGCGCCGGCCCAUGCUCGCUGUUGUGGCAAAGGGCCCCGAAGACAGCCCCGGCUCCCCGAGCAGCCCAUCUGGAAAUUCGCUACGCCACCGGUCUUCGUUUGAGAAAUUCACUGCAUCGCUUUCUGUGUCGACUCCUGUCUUACCACCCAUGCCCAAGGGAGCUGCAGAGACGGCUGCGGCGUAUGCGAACGGCAGCGCUGAAGUUUCCAAGAAAAAGGACGAGCUUUGGGGUGUCUUCCGCGGUCUAGAGGCGGACUUCCAGAAGUUUCAAUCUAAAUCCAUCUCCCUCAAAGCCAAUGUCAUUCGCUCUUCCCUCCUCCCCUUUCUCGGCCGCCAUCACCUUCAUGCAUCAUGCAAGAACCUCAGACCGGAAGACUUGGACCGCCGAGUCAAUAUUCUGAAUAAGUGGUGGAUUGGAAUGCUGGAGAUGCUCAACGGGAAAAACAACCAGUCUAUCUCAGGAACCGACAGACCCGUCUUUUUGGAAGCGAUUGUAGGCAUCAUGGCUCGGCCAGAAUGGCGCAUCCCUUUCCCAAUGGCUCGACAAGGCAGUGGACCGACAGACUCUUUGAAAUAUGCCUCAACAUCGGUCUCGGAAUCGUCGGACGGCUCAGGCUCCUCAGGCUCCGAUUUUCUCGUUGAAUCGAUCCAUCACAAUAUUCGGAACAUCUUCAUUCAAAACUUGCUAUCUCAAAUGGCUUUCGUGGUUGAGCGCAUGUCGAUGAGACAUGCGCCCGCUAGUUUAGUCGCAUUUUGCGGAAAGGCCUGCGCUUACGCCUUCUUCUUCUGUCCCGGAAUUGCUGAUAUAUUGGUUCGCUUGUGGUGCACACCUCCUAACAUGUUCCGACGCAUCUUAUCAGAGUCCGCUGGCUCCAGAACUGGUAACAUGCGCGCAUAUACCCAAGAGCUUUCUUUAUGCUUCCCUCCCGCUCUUCGCCCACUCGCUUUCCACUCACAAGCACCUCUGCUACGAUAUCUGCGCCAGAAACCAGAUGCCCCGUUGAACACUACUCAUAUCAACUGGAAUCGUCCAUGGAUCACACGUUGGGCCGGCCGUGACACGGAUCUGUUCUUUGUCUUUGUGAAAUACAUUCACAUCUUAUAUGCUGAGUAUAUUCCCCCGGAAACUGAGAAAGCGAAGCGAAUCUUGUCACCCGGCUUGUUGUUGGUUCAUGCGCAACUCUUGCUGGUCCUGGAGGAUACCAUCUACAAGCAGUCGGCACAGCAAACAACUGAAAAUCCCCACUCCGCUGCUGCUAUCACCUUUGACGAUUUCAUCGAGUCGCCGGACGCCUCAGCUUCCUCUCAACAUCUUCGUAGCGGCAGCAAUAGUCAUCGAUCAAUGGCUGAAAAUCGUUUGAUUAUCCUUCUUCGCGAUUUGCUCUCUGAAUCAUCAGCCGAACCGAACCGUGCUCGGCUUUUGUUCGCUGAAUCCUUCUGUGGUAUCAUCAAAGCCGCAGCGCAGAAGACAUCGCUCUUCGAUCACAAUGCUUGUUUUUUGCUGUGUGAUUUCCUCGAGGAGGUUAUUCCAAUCAUCACUCGUUAUGCCCAAUCAAUUGAAACAGAACUCUUUGACUGGAGUUUUUGGCUCGAGGUUUGUCGGCAGAUGAUGCAGAGCCAUAACUCACUCACCGAGGUCCGAGUGUUUUCCUUCCUCUUCUGCAUCUGGGGUACCUGGAUUGCAACAGAGGAAAGGAAAGCUUCUCUCUGUCUGGACUUCCUGUUGCAUGAACCGAUCUUCUACCACUAUUUCACUCACUGGAGUCCAAUGGUACGUGCAUAUUUCCACCGUCUAUUGUGCUGGAGGGUCGGGCGGUUCAACACCGAUCCGUCGUCACUUGAUUCCAUGGUCUAUGAGACCCUUUCAGAUCGUCUCCUGCGGGUUUGGGAGUACUACAUCGGGUUCCAAUCCAAAGCUGAAGAGGAUAUGACUGCUCCCUUAUCUUCUGCUCCUUGUACUCCGGCCCCAGGCAGAAGAAUUAUUAUCAUCCGAUGCGACAAUCACCUGUCUCCCGUCAAUUUGUUCGUCAGCUUUGACCGAGUCGUCCCUCCUGUUCCUUCAGAUCAACUCAUGUCACACCGCCGAACGGGCUCGGCAGACUCGGCUGGCUCAGAUGGCCCACCUUCAAAAAGACGCUGGGGGAUUUUCAAAUCCAUGUUCGGAAGCUCUUCCAGCUCACGCCCUACCGACGGCGUACCCAGCAGCAACAGCUCCGAUGAUUCUGAGAACGGCAUCCCAGAUCCAACAGUGACUUCAGACAGCAAAUGUCUCGAGGACCACGACCAAACCCCAACAACCAGCGCAGAGGAGCUCGUCCGCCCCAAGACUCCCCACCAGCCAUUCUUCUUCAAGUUCUCCCUAGAAUGGAUGGAUCGCCCACAAUGGCCUACGAAGAACAAACGCCUCUUCACACCCUGUCUUCCCGUUGCAUCCCAAUUGCACGUCGAGCACCGCCGUUCUCCAGAUAAAUCCGACUACGACACUGCUUCUGAGAACCCCGCCAUAUCAGAUACCGAAAGCGACGGCAAAGUUUCAGAUCCAGGUCUCAAUACUUCCCAAGAUACCCCUACCCAACCUACCUCGGACGCCUGGCCUAGGUCUCCAACUACAAAGAACUCACCUCUCCCCGAAAUUCCCUCCCAACCUACCCACGACUACCUCGUGCCCAGCAAAUAUGCAGGCCGCGCUCUAGCAGAAUGGGCCCACAUUGUCUCCGAAUGCGAUAGUUUCUUCGCUCGCCGUCGUGAUGAGGGCGUCCCUACCGACCGAAUGGUCGAAACUCCUACUCUGGGCGUAGAAAGUUUCCGCAAAUAG